UGAAAGCGCAAAAUAUUUUUUUAUAAUUUAGAAGAUUUGAGGUCGCUUUUUCUUCUUCUUCUUCAUGAAUCUUCCGACGGUUAAUUGAUUCAUUCAUGGCUCUCGAGCCUUCGCUUUCCUCGAAUUCUUCUCCGUUCGCUGGCCUCGCAUGGAGAUUCACCUCCGAGCCUCGUUGCAGGAUCGCAUCUUCAAGGCCCCUUUCGAUUUGUAAAGCUUCAUGGCGAGAGCUCGCUGGUGUUCGGGUCUUCUCGGAGACUCCGUUCACGGCGGUGAAAGCCAUGGCGAAUAGUUCGUCGCGUAAAUCUUUGCGACGGAGGUUGGAGGAGAAGAAGAAAGAGGCGGUGCAGAAUUCCGCCAGAUUCAAGGCUAGUGCUCAGAAGGCUGGAAGCGAUAGCACCGGUCAGUUCGCCAUAACAAAUCACACCGGAAAAGGCAGCGAGACCAACGGGAAGCUAAACAGCGCCGGAUGCGCAUUGUCACCUCCGCCAUGGAAGCAGAGCAGGAGAGUGGUCUCAAUCUCCUUCUUCCUCUCAAACCUCCUUCUCCCUAACGAUGCCAUGGCGGCUAGCAUCUUCGAUAAAUAUGUUAAGAGGAAAAAACUCGACCCACUCGAUGUCUAUGUACCGCCGGUUAUUCUAGCUCAACUUCAGAUCCGAGACUUAGAGAGGAAUCUAGAAGAGGAAAAACCCGGGUACGAGACUUGCAGAUCCUUGCUGCGAUCGGGUCCUGCAUCCUCGCUCCGUGUAAACAUCCGAGCGGUUGCGCAAUAUGCCUCUGACGCUGGCAAUGGUAACGCUGCUUUUGAAGACGUCGAACGAUGCCUCAGAUCCUUGGAAGAGCUAGAUUCUUUGCUCCUGCGUGCAGUGAGGAAAGACCAAGGCGCAUCCAUUGAAACCAUGAAGGCAAAUCUUGGAACAGCUUUAACUGCUUUGGACAGCCUCCUACAAACAGUCCCUUCCGAAAUCCUCGACCGAGGCAAAGCCAUGGUCGAUGUCUACCGGUCAUCGUCUUCCCAAACCGAUGAUGUAUCGGAAGACUCUCCCGAGAUACAGCAGCUACAGUCUAUACUGUGAACAACGGCAAUGCAUUCGAUCUCUUAGACGUUGUAUCACCUCGAAACAAGAUUCAAAUGUAUAAUCUCAAACUUGCGAGGAGUGAUAGAUAUUUAAAAGAUUUACCAUAUUUUAAUAAUUGAAAAUGUUAUCGUUCAUGUACUUUAUUUUUAUCUAUUAGUUUUAGAGUUUUCUUUU